UGGAACUCAUUCCCUUUUACCAAACAAGGACAGAGAGAGAUACUAAUCUGUACACGAGUCCAUCACGUAUCUCUGUACCUCUUGCUCAUGGUGAGCCCUGAGCACUUGCACACACACACACACACACACUCGCUAGAUGCUACACAUACACUAUCUAGCCAGGGCGAGCUAGUAUUAUAUAUCCGCUAGUGCUCUCACACCGAUCGCUCACAAGCUGACGCUACGCUGCUGCCUAUAGGCUACUACUACUACUACCAUCACGUCCUCCACUACUACGACCACCUCGCCUGCCAGUUCCUGCGCCCCACUACCACGCCGCCCACUCCGAUCCGUUCGUUCCCUCCUCCCGGCAGGGGAAGCACCACGGCGAUGGCGGCCGCCGCCCAGUGACGGCACCGGCGGCAUGCCGGACGACGCUGCCUACCUCCUCUGCGCCGAGGACGCCGCCGCCGCCUUCUUCGGCGCCGCGGCCGCCGGCAGCAGCGCCUGCACCGCCGGGACCGGCGCCGACGACGGGAGCUGCUGCUCCGCCGGCGAGGAGGAGUCGGCGGCCUCCAUCGCCGAGCUCAUCGGCGGCGAGGCCGACUACUCGCCGCGGCCGGACUACCCCGACCGGCUCCGGUCGCGGUCCAUCGACCCGGCCGCCCGGGCCGAGUCGGUUGCAUGGAUUCUCAAGGUGCAGGAGUACUAUGGAUUCCUUCCCUUGACAGCCUACCUCGCCGUCAACUACAUGGACCGGUUCCUCUCCCUCCACCGUCUGCCGCAGGAGGACGGGUGGGCGAUGGAGCUGCUGGCCGUGACCUGCCUCUCCCUGGCCGCCAAGAUGGAGGAGACCCUCGUGCCCUCCCUCCUGGACCUACAGGCAGUCGAGGGCAUCAGCAGGUACGUCUUCGAGCCCGGGACGGUCGGCCGGAUGGAGCUGCUCGUCCUGACCGCGCUGAAUUGGCGGCUCCGGUCCGUGACGCCCUUCACCUUCAUCGAUUUCUUCGCCUGCAAGGUCGAUCCGGGAGAGAGGCACACGAGGUGCCUCAUUGCCCGGGCCACACAGGUCAUUCUAGCUGCAAUGCAUGACAUCGAGUUCCUGGACCACUGCCCAUCGUCAAUGGCCGCAGCGGCCGUGCUCCGCGCCACCGGCGAGACGCCGUCGCUGGAGUCCGUCGGCCCCGAGGCCGCCGUCCGCUGGUGCAUUGGCCUUGCAGAGGAUGCGAUCAGCAGCUGCUACAGACUGAUGCAGCAGCUCGUGAUCGGCAACGUUCGGACAAGAGCAGCCAGCACCACCGCAGCAUCGGCAGCGAACCUGUGCUGCUCAGACGAGGUCCUGUCCUCGCACUCCUCGUCCUCCUCAUCGCCUCCCCCGGCUAAGAGGAGGAAGAGGUCGCCGCCGGGGAUUUGAAACGGAAGAACGCAAGUAGAUACUAGCAUUAUUUUCAUGGGGCUUUUUUUUGGCAGAUUAAUAGGGUUUGAUCGAUUUCCUUGCAGUUUGCUGUUGUGUUCCUGCGAUUCUUUUUUUUUUUUCCUUUUGUUCUCUUCUUUUGGGGUUGGAUCUUUACACCUCUGUGGGGGGCUCCGCCUGCUCGACCGGCUCAGCCAUGAUUGCGGCCUCUGGCCUCUGCACUGCCAGCCAAUCUGUGUAAGGUGUCGAGAUGAAGAGAUGGAGGCAUCUGGAGAGAGAAAGGCAGCAGCUGCAGCAGACACAUGUCACAUUUGUGUUUCUCUGUGCAACACCCAGUGGGUCUUCUUCAACCCCCGGCGCAGAGCUGCAGAGGAACCAUUGAUUGGUCAGCGAGGAAACCAUGGCGAUUGGCGGCAGAUGGAGAGGAGUAAAACAGGAGGCAAUGCCAGUGAUGAGAUGCAGGGAGUGGUGGACGGUAGGGUUAAAUAGGGUGGUCAAAGAGCGGUCAGGGCUCCUGCCAAGAUGCAGCCGGUCCUGCCCCUGCAAAGUUCCUGUUCAUAUUCAUGAGGGCAAAAAUUGUUUGUUUCCGAGUGGUUUGUUGGUAUUUUGUUGAUGCUACUGAAGUGAGCUUCAGAGGGAGGGGGGCAUGCUUUGCUGUGAUGGGAGGCACAUGCAGGCGUGCCCUGGUGUGUGGUGGUGCUCCGGAGGGAAAUAUUUGUCCGUCUCCGGGGCUAACAGUGUCCAAGCAUGAGGCUUUUGGGGGCCCUUGCUAUUUGUUCCCAUUUGUAUCUCUUUUUUGAGCAUCAAUAAGGAUCUUGCCAUUUGAAUUGGCUUGAGGAGAGAGAGAGAGAGAUAGAACUUCUGUGUUUUACUUGCUGAUGGAAUGUGUAUAAGGUUUAACACUGUGUUCCUGCUA